AUGCUUCUUCUUACCAAACUUCAUGAGAGAGAUAGUGGGUUUCUUGUAAACGGAGAACUCAAGAUUACUGCGGAGGUAGAUGUUCUUGAAACAGAGGAAUCUGAAGGGACAACCCAACCUCUAAAAAAGAGAAAGCAAGAUAAUGAUGGUAUGUUGUCUAUUGAUUUACUCAACAAGACUCAACAACUGAAGGAAGUCCAUGGAUUUCUAAUUCUUCCUUCGCAGGCAGAAUCUGUGAAGCGUAUAUUCGAAAAACACCCAAACAUGGCAUUAGACUUUCAAGCAAAGAACCAAACUGUGAGGACAGCAUGCAUGAAUGUCCUCCUCAGCCUAAUCGAGACGUUGUGCCAGUCACUGCAAGACCUUUCCAUUGAUGAGCUGGGCCAAGCAGACAAUGCACUAACAUACCUUAAAAAUUCGGGCUUUAAGGUUGAUUGGUUGGAGCGUAAACUGGAGCAAGUAAAGGAAAAGAAGAUCGAGUGA